AUGGUGACUAUGGUGGAGCAGAAUGUCCCCAGAGUGACCACGGUGACCACGGUGACCAUGGUGGAGCACAAUGUCCUCAUGGUGACCGUGGUGUGGCAGAUUGACCAUGGUGUGGCGGAUGUGACCACGGUGACCACGGUGACCAUGGUGACCAUGGUGGAGCAGAAUGUCCCCAUGUCCCCCUCCGCCCCUCCCCCCCCCGCCGAGGGUCCGAUCCUCAUCAGCAACGUGGUCAGCGUGGGGGGCGGGGCCGAGCCCGGGACACGCCCCCAGGGCCCGCAGGCCACGCCCACUCCGGCCCGGGCCACGCCCCCCGGGCAGCCCAGCCCCCCCCUGCGCGAGGAGCACGUGACCUGCGUGCAGAGCAUUUUGGAUGAGUUCCUGCAGGCCUACGGGAGUCUGAUCCCGGUGAGCGCCGAUGAAGUGGUGGAGAAACUCGAGGACAUUUUCCAGCAGGAAUUCAGCACUCCCCAAAGGAAGGGCUCGGUGCAGCAGUUGCUGCAGUCGUACCAGCGGCUCCCCGGGAACGCUCUCCUGCGGGGAUUUCGGGUCAGCUACAAACGCCACGUUCUCACCAUGGACGAUCUGCAGACGCUCUACGGCCCCAACUGGCUCAACGAUCAGGUGAUGAACAUGUACGGUGACCUCGUCAUGGACGCCGUGCCCGACAAGGUGCAUUUUUUCAACUCCUUUUUCUACGACAAACUCCGCACCCGCGGCUACGAGGGCGUUCAGCGCUGGACCAAAAACGUGGACAUUUUUGGGAAGAAGCUGCUGCUGAUCCCGAUCCACCUGGAGGUCCAUUGGUCGCUGGUGGCCGUGGAUGUGGCGCGCAGGACGAUCACCUACUUCGACUCGCAGAGAACGCUCAACCGGCGCUGCCCCAAG